CAAUAUGGCGUUUUUAAACACAUUUACAUUCUUAGUUAUAAUUAUACCUUUUCACACAGUCUACUGUCAAAAUGUAUAUGUAAACCCAACUUCAUGCAAAGAUGGGAAAAAUACUAAAGAAUCUGUUGUUGAGUAUUUUAACACUGCAACGAUGAAAUGUGAAAGCUGUGCACAAAAUUCAACAUUCCAACAGAGGAGUGCCGACGGAUUAUUCUGUGAAUGUAAACCUGGCUACAAAUACUCGCUAAAUAUGGGAGGGAAAGAAGUGAAAUGUGAAUUUUGCCCUGGGGGUGUAUCUGAUGAUGGCUGGGAGUGUGUCAACUGUGGUGACAAUCUUAAUACAGAAACUAAGAAAUGUAACCCUUGUACAGAAGAAACCCAAAUUGGUGUUUUUCGUCAGUUGGAUGGACAGUACAGUUCUGGAAGUCAAGACUUCUCCUGCAUAACCUGCAUAAAUGGUACCCAACCAGAUAGCACAAAAUCAAGGUGUAACAGGUGUAGUGACACAAUAAGUAUUACAGCCAACCCACUGAGCUGUCAAUGUGCUUCCACAUCUACAAAGGUAAAGGGCAUCUGCUUAACCAAAGUUGAUGUAGUGAAUUUAGAUAAUCGUGUACAAAUUGAGAAAACAGGCACAGCUUUUACCUCAGAUUAUCUGACCUCCAACCUUCUGGCUGACUAUAUGAUCUGUAAUGAAUUAAAAAACAUAACAGCAUGCCAGUCACUGGCUAAUAUGUGCACCCUCAUACUGUACAAGGGAGGCAUGACCACAACAUACAGUCCACCAAAUGCUUGUACUUUAUUUGCCAAAGUAGAUCAGACCCAGGUGACAACAACAAAGCCUACAAUCUUUAAUACAGAUGCAGGAGACAGAGUACUCUACAUAGACAACGCACUCAACAUUCAGUGGACUGUUGAUCCUGCCAUGAAGUUUCCCUUUGUGGUGGGCCAGUUCUCUCUAGCGGGUUUGUUUGAAGGCUUCCAGGACAUGACUGGCCGUCUCCUGCAGCUUUGUGAAGCUGACGAAAAUGUUUUAAAUGCAGCUUUUGUCUUUGGGACCUACUACUCGUACAAGUGUUCUAUAUCAGUAAGCUCACUAAUGGACCAAACACUCUUUCCUCUCAAGUUUUAUGAAGUCUUUAUCAAGUUCACAGAUUCAGGAACUACCAAAACUCUCAAGAUACCUGUAAAAAUACUCAAUUUUAUAAAUAAUAAUGGUGAAAAAGUUAAUCAAGGAAUAAUGCAGAAAUGGCAAUUAGCAUAUCGUUUUUUUCUGGUGGACAGCAUAGGUGCAAGAGAGCAGAUUGAUAAACAACCAGUCUAUGUCAGGUACGCCAAAAACAUUCGUCUUCUGGUGGAAUUGCGCUCUGAUUCGGCUGAUGGAAAAACUUACAUCCCAUAUUUUGAGAUUGAAUAUGCCGAAGCCAGUUUGACUGAUAACCAAGUAGAUAUAAGCUUCCAAGUAAGCUACAGCAUGAGCCAGAGUAGCUAUACAAGAAACUUCCAGAUAGCCACAGGGACCCUGAGCAGCUUUGCCCUCCUGUAUGCGGGGUUUAGAACUUACGUCUGGAGCAGACGUGCUGGACGUAUAAGCAUUGACUUCCCCACUCUAGCCAACUUCAUAUUCUACUUAUGUGCAUCACUCUCCAACUGCUUCUUUGUCAUCGUCUAUGGCGUUGGAUUUUACUUCUUUAUAUUUUAUAAGCGCCAGAACGUGAUUUACCUUGUACACCCUGAUGGUCAAGCCUACAAAGACUGGAUAGCUCUGUUUGGUGCAGCUUUUGCUUUAAAAGGCCUGGCUCUCUUCCACAUGAUUGUGAUGCAGUGCUCAGCGGAUGUGUUCCUCAUUGACUGGGAACGCCCCAAGUCCCUGGGUGGAAACUCAGGAGAUGGGAAAAAGCAGAAAAGCAUGGUGUCCAUAUGGAGGACAUAUUUUGUAGCCAAUGAAUGGAAUGAGAUCCAGACCAAACGAAAGAUUAACCAGGUCUUCCAGAUAUUUGCUGUUGUUUUCUUCUUGGUUGUGGUAGGGUUUGAGGACACGACCACCAUGGACCCAGACGGGACAGUCAACAAAGCUUCUGACGUCUACAUGAGCCAGCAGAGCAAAAUGUACCGCAUGGCGCUGGCAGCCACGGUCUACAUCCUCAUAGGUAUAGUUCAGAUGAUUUUCUUCCUGUUCAUUUAUGAGCGUUUCAUCACUGAUGAUAUCAGGGAGUUUGUGGACAUUUGCUCCAUGAGUAACAUCAGUGUUUUCAUCAUGGCUAAUGCGGAGUUUGGCUAUUAUAUUCACGGUAGAUCUGUACAUGGCUGUUCUGAUGUUGGCAUGGAUGAGAUGUCUGAGAUGAUCAAACGGGAGGAGGAUGAUCUUGUUGGCCAGAGAGGGCUAGUCCCUAACACAGAUGCUCAAACCUUUGUCAUGGCCAUACCCAAACGUCUGAGGGAAAAAUACACAGCAGUGUACAUGCCGGUGCAGCUAGAGAAUGCAACAAGCCGCAUGGGUAAAUCAGCUGCCAAUAAAGACAAGAGCACUGAAGCUUAUUUAACAUUGAACAGAUUUUUCUCUGCAUUUAUUGACCAUUCUAUUCGUGACAUCGACUAUGUGGUGAAGGACAAAAAUUUCCUGGAGAAACUUCUUGAUACAGAGUUUCUGGAACUCACAGAGAAAGGAAUAUUUUACAAUGAUAACGGCCACUCUUUUGACAAUGUGCUGUUCUAUGGCAAUGAACUGAUGCUGCUCAUCUUUGACUUGCUGCUGUUUUGUAUCAUUGAUCUGAUCUGCAUGGACUAUGUGUUGGCUGGAGUCCUCACUUAUGUUAUCACUGAGCUCAUUUGCCUCAUACGUGACACAGCAGGUAAAAAGAACCUUGCAAGAAAGACAUUGGUUGAUGAACGAUUUUUAAUUUAAAAACAACACAAAACAUUAGGACAUAAUAUGUUUUUACUUUGUUUAACUUCAAAAGUUUAAGGCUGGAUUAAGUUUUAAUGUGUAAAGUUAAAUUUGGGCAACCAUAAUAAGCUUAAUUAAACUAGAUGUAAUUCACAAGCCAAAAUAUAUUUUCCGUAAAAUCAAUAAUCCUAUUCACUUGGCAUACAAUUCUGAAAAAAAAUCUACACAUUCAUCAUACAACCAUGUUUACCUUAACCAAACAUUACAUAGCUUUCUAUUCGUUAAUCAAAGUAAUGUUUAUAAAGAAACAUGUCAUUUACUGGGUACUACCAAUGGGCACACACAAUAUAGACUCAUCUUGAAUGACAUUCCAACCUUAUGUGGCACCUACUACAUUUAUUCCAACAUAAUUGACAUUGUUCAUUAAGCAUGUGAAAAUUUCACAUUGUGAUAUUCUUAAGCAUAAAAAUGAAAUAUGUGCCUUAAAUAAUAUUUCACUUUGCUUUUUUUAUAUAUAUUUAUUUUAAAUCUAUUAAUUUGUAUUUUAUGGUUUUGAAUUAACUGUCAUAUUUUAUUUCUUGGUGCUACAAAAGAUGAAUCUUAAAGUUUACUGAAUUAGUGGUUUUUAUUACAAAUAUAGUUGAAAGUGCUAAUUUUUAAAUGUAAAACUUAUAUUUUUAAUAUAGAUAUAUCUCAAUUGUUAAAAAUAUUUUUUAAUCCUACCUUUCAUUUGAAUUAAAUGGUUAUACUAGAUUACCACAUAUUGGUAAUUAUCCGUCCAAAAUAAUUAAUCAUGCAAAUGUUUUAGAUUCUUUUUAAAACUUGGAUUUUUAAAUGGUUCAAACUAGGUUGUUAAUCAUUCCUGUGUUGGUGAGUUUAUGUUGACAUGUUAUGGUAAAGUUAUUGUCAUUCUGGAUAUUGUCAUUACAGUUUGGAUUCAUGUUUUUUCCUAGCAUUGAAUAGAUUUUUUAAAAAAGUUUGUGAUCUGGCCGAAUAACUUUCCCUAUUUUUUAAAACAAUUGUGCAUUUUUGUAAUGUUUGGUAGUUAUAUAAUCAAAUAUCUGAUUCCAAUUAUUUUUAAGAACUUACUCUUGUAGAUCUGUAAUGCUUAUUGUCAUUAAAGGUUUAGUUCUUUUGUUUUUAAUUUUGCUCUUGAAUAUAUUGAUUCAAUUGUAAGUAACAAUAUUAUUUUAUUCCAAAAUCUCUUGUAACUUGUAAAUACAUUAAUGGUUGUGUUGGUGACAGAGAGAAAUGAGUGUAAACUUUGUUUAAGAAUUAAGUCCUGUGAAUGAUGAUGUAAUGUCAAACUUUAUUUGUAAAAUAGAAAACAUAAUAAUACUGGUAUGUAGAGUAUAUUCUUUAAAUUAAUACAUUGUAAUACUUAAAAUAUUUGUAAUAUAUUUAUUUGAAUGUAUUAAAAUUAGAUUUCUAUUA